AUGCUGGCCAAAUAUGUGUUUAUUCGGAAGCAGAGAAACGGGUCUCGGUGUCUGAAAACUAUCUCCAUCAACUUAGGCUGCAAGCCCGCGGAGCACGACAAGCUGCUCACGGUUGUGUUAACAGCCGGAAACCUUCCAUCUUCGUCAUCUCCUUCCACCCCCAGCCAAAACACGCCCUCUAGCAACACCAGCCAUGGCGCUCCAGUUGAACGGGAUGACUGGUGGUAUGAAGGCACAAACAAUCUGUUCUUGAAUCGAUCAGGAGAGCAUCAUUAUGUCGGCCCGUCAGCUGUGAUCUCUCUUGCUCGACGAUUAAAUCCAACAUCAAGCAACCUGGGAUGGGAUGUGCGCCCUCUGUACGAUGAUCCUUCAUCUCUUCGUCGGUCCGUCAAUCGAGCUCUGCCUCAGCUGCCACCGUUCGAAUUUGCCAAACGACUCUUUUGGGUACAGUACACGUACAUUGGAACCAUUUUUUCUUUAAUCCAGCCCGAAGAUUACGAAAGGCGGCUCGACAUGGUGUAUCACCAUUCUCCGGAUUUCUCGAAUCGAGAAUCAUGUCUUAUCUAUUGCCAGGUCCUCCUUGUCAUUGCGUUUGGGCUGAUGUAUUCAGUUAAUCAAUGGUCGGGAGACGAGGGUCCGCCUGGUUUCAAGUAUUUCAAACAUGCCCUUCGAUUCCUCCCGGACAUUCAUGAAGAAGGCUCCAUAUUCUUCGUGGAAGUCCUAUGCUACGUUGCUUAUUAUAUGCAGAAUUUGAACCGUCGUGACGCUGCUUUCCUCUACAUUGGCCUUGCACUCCGCAUGGCUAUUUCCCUCGGUCUGCAUCAGGAGGUGUCAGAUCCCGAUAUGAGUGAUGCAGCUCGUUAUCGGCGACGACGGGCAUGGUGGUCUGUUUAUAGUCUUGACAGGCUUCUGUCUGUCAAAUCGGGAAAUCCGAUCACCAUUCAAGAUGAGGACAUUGGAACCACAUGGCCGAUACCUGAAGACUCAUCUACACCGGUACCAUGGCCCUCUGUAGUGCUCACAUACUACACUCAGCUCUCACGGAUCCUAGGGAGAAUUGGGGAAGAGAUCUACCGCAAGAAGCCUCGAUCUGGAUCCAACUUGUUGGAAUCUGUACAAAGUAUCACGAAUGAAUUGUCAGACUGGCUGCGGCGAGUACCAGAUCGUCUGCGCAUCAACUUUACCACAUUAGACGCGCAUAUCGACCGCGAAUCAGUCUCUACUUUCCUUCACUUUUAUUCGUGUGUGAACAUGACCGCCAGGCCUUUGGUUUUCUAUGUGAUCCAAAGACGCCUAGACGUCGAGAAUCGUGGAUCUGCAGCAACCGACUGGAAAGAAGGCUUGUCACCAAACACGGUUGCCCUUAUCGACAAUUGCAUUACUGCAGCGCGGGCUACGACGAUCAUUAUGGAUGCUGCAGCAAAGCAUAAUCUGACUGCAACGUAUGGCUACUUGGACGGCGAAUACAUUUUCUCGGCGGCCCUUUUGCUGAUCAUGGUCAAUGCGACUUUUCCGCACAACGACACCAGCAUAAGAGCCAUGGAUAUGGCUUUGAAUCUUCUCCGCAGCAUGGCGGACCGAGGCAACACGUAUCUCGGUUCCCGCCAUUCCCUUUUACUCGAGCUUCAGGCUUCCAUCAACCCCAAACCAGCGGAAGUGGGUGUUAUUGUCAAUGAUCCCAUCUCGCCAAACAGCACGGACCAACGCGGUCCGCCUAUGUCAACCAACACAACAGAGGAUACUACGGCGAUAGCACCUUCUGAGUGGCCAUUGCAGGAGGAUCUGCCAUCCCUCGGCGACAUCACAUUUAACCUCGAUAUCAGUGAUGAUUCGGGGUUGUGGGAAGAGAUUCUUGGUAAAAUUGAUAUAGAUAUGGAUAAAGAUUGGAUUGAGAAUACCUUGAGGAGAUAA